AUGUCUGGCGAAGCUCUUACCCGCGAUGCCGUCGCAAAGCACAACACCCCAGAAGACAUGUGGUGUAUUGUUGACCACAAAGUCUACGACUUGACCGACUUUGCCGACGCGCACCCCGGUGGCUCUGUUGUCCUCGAGCAAGUCGCUGGCACCGACGCGACCACCACCUUCUACAACCUCCACCGACAAGAGGUGCUUGAAAAGUACUCCGACCUGUGCAUCGGCACCAUCGAAGGCGAGAAGUCCGAAGUCAUUGUCACCCAGCCCGGCGAGCUGAGCCCCGUACCCUACGCCGAGCCGCUGUGGCUGCGACCGCAGUUCAAGAGCCCGUACUUCAAGGAGAGCCACAGGAAGUUCCAGAAGGAGGUGCGGAAAUUCAUCGACAAGGAGGUCAGACCGGUGGCGCAGGAGUGCGAGAAGAGCGGCAAAUACAUUCCUCAGGAGUUGAUCGACAAGAUGGCGGACAACCACAUGCUGGCUAUGCGUCUGGGUCCUGGAAAGCAUCUGCACGGCAAGAACCUGCUUGGUGUGGUCAAGGGUGAGGAGUUCGACUACCUGCACGACCUUGUUCAGGCGCAAGAGGGCGUGCGCGCCAAUGCCAGAGGUUUCCAGGAUGGUAACAUGGCGGGAAUGACCAUCUCCUUGACUGCAGUCCUUCAGUGGAUGCCAGAGACUGAGCACAAGGCACGAGUUGUGAACGAGGUUCUGACUGGCAAGAAGAAGAUGUGCCUGGCUAUUACAGAAGCGUUUGCCGGUUCAGACGUCGCUGGGCUGAGGACGACUGCGACGUUGACACCAGACGGCAAGCACUACAUUGUCAGAGGCACAAAGAAGUGGAUCACGAACGGCAUGUUCAGCGACUACUUUGUCACUGGAUGCAAGACCGACAAGGGCUUCUCUGUGCUUCUCAUCGAGAGGGACGAGAAUCUUGAGACCAAGCUUAUCAAGACCAGCUACUCCACCACUGCCGGAACUGCCUACGUCGAGUACAACGACUGCAAGGUGCCUGUGGAAAACCUGCUCGGCAAAGAACACCAGGGCUUUGCUGUGAUCAUGGCCAACUUCAACCACGAGCGCUUCAUGAUGGCCUGCGCCGUCAUCCGACACUCGCGUACGAUUGUCGAGGAGUGUCUGAAAUGGUGCAACCAGCGGAUCGUCUUUGGCAAGAAGCUGGUGGAACAGCCGGCCGUUCGACAAAAACUGGCAGAGAUGAUCUCUCUCGUCGAGGCCAACCAAGCCUGGCUCGAAUCCAUUGCCUACCAAAUGUCGCACAUGUCGUACGCCCAACAGUCCAAGCUGCUCGGUGGGCCCAUUGGGUUACUCAAAUCGUACGCCACACGAUCUGCGCAUGAGAUCGCCGAUAGGGCUGUCAAUAUCUUCGGUGGACGAGGACUUACACAGUCUGGCAUGGGCAAGUACGUGGAGGAGUUCCACCGCACGUACAAGUUCGAUGCGAUUCUGGGUGGCACGGAAGAGAUUCUGAGUGAUUUGGGCGUAAGACAAGCGUACAAGAACUUCCCAAAGAGCAUGUUGUAG